UGUGAGCAUUACUAGGCAUUUCAUCCUGCGGUUCUGCAGUCUUUGCUAUUCAGACUGUUGCUCAGUUGGAAUGCUUCUGUGGGGCCGAUCCUGAGGUUCCGUAGAUAUUUUUUAAGGACUUACCCACUGGAGGUAUUAGUGGCAUUUUGCAAGAUCAUCUGAGGAACGGGAAAGCAUCUGAAAUCUACUGAAAGGGUAACUGUAGCGGUUUUUACAGUGGAAGGAAACUGUACUGGCACAGAGCAGAUGAUUGAAUAAAGUAGUUGGCUCAAAGAAGAUGCACAGUCUGCUGUUUUUUCCUGUGAAUGAAGACUAUUUAAUGGAAGCUGUAUUCAUGUGGAGAUCAAAGGAAACACUGGAAUGAUAAACUACUGGGGUUUUUUCUCUUUUUUUUUAAAUGAAAAGCCUGAAGCAGUAAUUUGAGCUCAAAUGCCUUCUAAUUCCUUCGCAGCCUGCCUGUUCCAUUAGGAUCCUCUGCUAACACUAUUUCUGCCUGGUGCUGUGCCCUUUUGCUGGAGCAGCCACAGACAACUGCCUGAUGGAGAAAGAAUGAACGCUCUGCCUUGCUUAUGCUAUUGAUGGGAAUAAAGCUAUCUGUGUUUCUUCUAUUACAUGGGAUAUCUGGAUUAAUCAAGCUGUAUUCUAGUACCAAGAGUCCUAUUGUCUCUUGUGGUCUGACUCAUCGCAUGUAAAUGUACUGCAGCUUUGCUAUUAAUGCAGAGUGUUUUUUUUUUUUUCUUUCCCAAACACAGAAAGAAUUGUCAACCUCUGAGCUUUAUUUUAAGAAUUUGUGCUGAGCUCUAGAUAUUUUUUUUUUUCUGGAUAAUAUCUGUAUUAAACCAGAAGCUGAAGAAAUGAAGACAAGUUAGAAGUGGAAACAAAAUAGAAAAUAAAUCCCUACAUUCACCACCUUCUGGAAGUGUAUUGCCAUCACUGGUGCAAGCUAUAUUUAAUGGAGAUCCUGAUGAAGUUCGAGCACUAAUAUUUAAGAAAGAAGAUGUUAACUUUCAGGACAAUGAAAAGAGAACUCCACUGCAUGCUGCUGCCUAUCUUGGAGAUGCAGAAAUCAUUGAACUGCUUAUUUUAUCUGGAAGCAGUGCAGAUACUUUUGAAGCAUUCUGCAGAUGUUAAUGCUCGAGACAAAAAUUGGCAAACCCCUUUACACAUAGCUGCUGCUAAUAAAGCUGUAAAGUGCGCUGAAGCUUUGGUACCUCUUCUGAGUAAUGUAAACGUGUCUGAUCGAGCGGGGAGGACUGCAUUACAUCAUGCAGCUUUUAGUGGACAUGGUGAGAUGGUCAAACUACUCUUGUCUAGAGGUGCCAAUAUUAAUGCUUUUGACAAGAAAGAUAGACGGGCUAUUCAUUGGGCAGCAUAUAUGGGUCACAUUGAAGUAGUGAAAUUACUUGUGGCACAUGGAGCUGAAGUGACAUGCAAGGAUAAGAAGUCUUAUACACCUCUUCAUGCAGCAGCCUCUAGUGGAAUGAUCAGCGUAGUCAAGUACCUUCUGGAUCUUGGAGUUGAUAUGAAUGAACCAAAUGCCUAUGGAAAUACACCUCUUCAUGUAGCCUGCUAUAAUGGACAAGAUGUUGUAGUGAAUGAACUUAUAGACUGUGGUGCUAAUGUAAAUCAAAAGAAUGAAAAAGGAUUUACUCCUUUGCACUUUGCUGCUGCAUCAACACAUGGAGCAUUGUGUUUAGAGCUUCUAGUAGGCAAUGGGGCCGAUGUCAACAUGAAGAGCAAGGAUGGGAAAACCCCACUGCACAUGACUGCCCUCCACGGUAGAUUCUCCAGAUCACAAACCAUUAUCCAGAGUGGAGCUGUAAUUGACUGUGAGGAUAAGAAUGGAAACACCCCUUUGCACAUAGCAGCAAGGUACGGCCAUGAGCUGCUAAUCAACACUCUUAUUACAAGUGGUGCUGACACUGCAAAGCGUGGCAUACAUGGAAUGUUCCCCCUCCAUUUGGCAGCCUUAAGUGGUUUUUCAGAUUGCUGCAGGAAACUUCUUUCUUCUGGUUUUGAUAUAGAUACCCCAGAUGAUUUUGGCAGGACCUGUCUACACGCAGCUGCAGCUGGAGGGAAUUUGGAGUGCCUAAACCUUCUGCUGAAUACUGGUGCAGACUUCAACAAAAAGGACAAAUUUGGGAGAUCUCCGCUGCACUAUGCUGCUGCCAACUGCAAUUACCAGUGCCUGUUUGCUCUUGUGGGAUCAGGAGCAAGUGUGAAUGACCUUGAUGAAAGAGGAUGCACACCCCUGCACUAUGCAGCAACAUCAGACACAGAUGGCAAGUGCCUGGAAUACUUAUUACGAAAUGAUGCAAAUCCAGGGAUCCGUGACAAGCAGGGAUACAAUGCAGUUCAUUAUUCAGCUGCUUAUGGUCACCGUCUAUGUCUUCAGCUGAUUGCAAGUGAAACUCCUUUAGAUGUUUUAAUGGAAACCUCUGGGACAGACAUGCUGAAUGAUUCAGAUAACAGAGCAACAAUAAGCCCUUUACAUUUGGCUGCCUAUCAUGGUCACCACCAAGCACUAGAAGUGUUGGUACAGUCUUUGUUAGAUCUUGAUGUGAGAAAUAGUAGUGGGAGAACACCCCUAGAUCUUGCAGCAUUUAAGGGCCAUGUUGAAUGUGUGGAUGUACUCAUUAAUCAGGGAGCCUCAAUUUUAGUAAAAGACUACAUUUUGAAGAGGACACCUAUACAUGCUGCAGCAACAAACGGUCAUUCAGAGUGCUUGCGGCUACUAAUAGGAAAUGCAGAACCGCAGAAUGCAGUAGACAUUCAAGAUGGAAACGGACAGACUCCUCUGAUGCUGUCUGUUCUUAACGGGCACACGGACUGUGUUUACUCACUGCUGAACAAAGGAGCAAAUGUAGAUGCCAAAGAUAAAUGGGGAAGGACAGCAUUGCAUAGAGGGGCAGUUACAGGCCACGAAGAAUGUGUAGAUGCAUUACUUCAACAUGGUGCUAAGUGCUUAUUUCGAGAUAGCAGGGGCCGGACACCUAUACACUUGUCAGCUGCCUGUGGACAUAUUGGUGUUCUCGGAGCCCUUUUGCAGUCAGCAGCAUCUGUGGAUGCAAAUCCAGCCAUAGCAGACAAUCAUGGAUAUACAGCACUUCACUGGGCCUGCUACAAUGGUCAUGAGACAUGUGUAGAACUUCUUUUAGAACAGGAAGUUUUCCAGAAAAUGGAAGGAAAUGCUUUCAGUCCUUUGCAUUGUGCUGUGAUAAAUGACAACGAAGGUGCUGCUGAAAUGUUAAUUGAUACUUUAGGUGCCAGCAUCGUGAACGCCACAGAUUCAAAAGGAAGAACCCCUCUCCAUGCGGCCGCCUUCACAGACCACGUAGAGUGUUUACAGCUGCUGCUCAGCCAUAAUGCUCAAGUCAAUUCUAUAGACUCUUCUGGGAAAACACCUCUCAUGAUGGCCGCAGAAAAUGGACAGACAAAUACAGUUGAGAUGCUGGUUAGCAGUGCUAGUGCAGAUCUGACUUUACAAGAUAACAGUAAAAACACCGCCCUCCAUUUGGCUUGCAGCAAGGGUCAUGAAACUAGUGCCUUGUUAAUACUGGAAAAGAUAACAGAUAGAAACCUCAUCAACGCAACCAAUGCAGCCUUGCAAACACCUCUGCAUGUUGCUGCCCGAAAUGGGCUGACAAUGGUGGUUCAAGAACUUUUGGGGAAAGGAGCAAGUGUGCUUGCAGUAGAUGAAAAUGGCUAUACCCCAGCUUUGGCCUGUGCUCCCAAUAAGGAUGUGGCUGAUUGCCUAGCUCUCAUUUUGGCCACCAUGAUGCCUGUCUCAUCCAGUAGCCCUUUAUCAUCCCUGACUUUCAAUGCCAUUAACCGUUACACCAACACCUCAAAAACAGUCAGCUUUGAAGCCUUGCCCAUCAUGAGGAAUGAACCUAGCUCCUACUGCAGUUUCAACAACAUUGGCGGGGAACAGGAAUACUUAUACACCGACGUGGACGAGCUCAAUGACUCUGAUUCCGAGACCUACUAAGAGGCUGAGCCAGAGGUCUGAGUGAGGAGUUCUGACACUAACGCUUCAGAUUGUGCUUUUUCAGGAAAAAGGCACUUUAUUAUUCACGUACAAAUUCAACCUAAGAGGAAAGAUCGCAGAGUGAGCAAAUAUGAGAAAUGUGAUGACUUUAGGAAGAAGAGUUUUAAAGGCAAGUUUUGCAAAAGGAACUUCUAGAAUCUUGAAAUAGACUUGACCAGAGGAAAACACUUUUAUGUCAAAUUACUUUGUGGAAUUGUUUGAUUUGGUUUUGCAGUGCCAGGAAUAAUUUGGGACACUGUGCACCCUAAUCUGCUUAAACAAGCAACACUAUUGUAAAAGAAGAGAUAAGGACACUAGAUUUAAAUUUUACCAGUAAAACUACAACUAAAUUUAAGGGCAAUAAAAGUUUGGUACAGUAGGCAUUAUGUGCACAGCAAAUUGCCAAAGGACCAAGUAACUUAAAAGUUUUUUAAUAGAAUGCCAUUUUGUGGAAACCAGAAUAGGUGAAAUGAGACAUUAUCUAAACCAAACUUUAAUAUUUCUGAAAAUGAAGCUGAGAUUUGGUUUUAAAUGUUGAUUUUUUUUUAAAGAAAACAUCUGAAAGCCUUCGAAUACUGUAUUAAACCAUGAGAGAAAGCAGAUGUAUUUUUACAUUUUUUUCUUUUACAUAAAAAUUUAAAAAUUCCAACUUUUAUAAUAUUAGAAUUUAAAACCAGCUGGCUGAGUGCAGUCGGGGUGAAAAUACUUGUGAUGUAGACAUGAGAUAGAUUGGGGUUGGGCCGUCGUUGCCAUUUUGAAUGGUUUAGGUUUAAAAUUGAACUAUUUUUGUUUGAAAAUGUAAAGAAUUUCCUAGAAGAAGAAAAUUUCAUGGAAUCAAAAUAUAGAUUAUUUUCACCCUAUUGCAGCUAAGUGGUCCUGGGGAGUGGAGUUUUUGACCUCACUACUUUGGAUGGUACACCUUCAUCACUUAUGUUACUUUUGUGCCUCCACAAUGGACUGGGGGUUUUUGUUUUCACUGUUUAGUGAAUACUCAAAAAGAAAAAAAAAAUGCCUUGUUAUUGAUAGGUUAACAUCAUCGGGUCUCUUGGAAGGCAUUUCUAUAUUGGGUCCUGUUCAGAUUUAAACAUGCUACUACUUGGGGAAAGAAGCAAUUGCCUGCCGAAUUGGAAGACUGCCUUUCAAAUAACAGAGAGAGAAAGGCUGUUUAGGCUUUUAAAUAACAAUUUGUAUGGUUCUGCUUUUACUGUAACUGUCAUUUUCCCAGCAAGAAUGAUUUCACGUAUGUAGGGGGUCUUACAGAUCUGGGUAAAGUUCCAUAAAUUUUCACAAAAUGAUACCCAUUUUCAUUUUAUCCUUUUUGUAUUGUGAAACUGGAAACUUUAUGACAUUGUAAAUUUCAGCUGGUUUUUCUGAAUAUAAAGUGUGAAAACACAGAACAGUAUUUUGAUCUAUUUGAUAAUUUUGUGGGGUUUUUGAAGAAUUAAUGAGCAUGUACAUAGAAAUAGUGACUGCUUGAAUACUGUAUUUACUUGCACUCUUUCAGUACAUCAAGAUUCCUGUAUAUUUUAGAGUAUAAUAAAACACAGAUGUGAGUUGUAUUUAAUGAAUAAUGUAUUUGUAUCUGUGCAUAUUACCUAAAAAUCUAUAAAGUUUCUAGGGCAUUGACUACUAGAUUUUAAGCAUUUUUUUCUAAAAUAUUUACAGAAAUUAUAAAUGUAAUCCGCCAUCUUUUCUUUAUAAUAUAAAGGAGUCAUAAUGGACCCUUCCUAAAUUAUUAGUGGUAGGAAGGUGAAUUUGCAUUUUAAAGACAGUGGACUACAUUUUCUAUUGUACCUUUUGAAAAGAAAAAAGAGGAUUCUAAAAGUAUACAUAUGUGUGCUUUCUCUUUCCUUUUAGGAAUUCUCUUCUGAAUUCCCUGAGGGAAUUUUCUAGAAUCUCAGAAUUGAAAGAGACCUGAGGUUCAUCCAGUCUAACCUCUUAACAAAUGCAGGAGUCCCUUCUACAAGGGUGAUCUUUCCACCUUAAACACUUCCAGUGAUUCUACCUCACCAAGCAGUCCAUUCAGUUGUUGAGCAGCUCUAACUGUUAGAAAGGUCUUCCUUAGAUGGAGUUGAAGCCUCCCUCCCGGUAACUUCUGUCUUUGGGCCUGGGUCUGUCCUCCAAGAGAACGCGAGAACGUUGGAAGGAUGAAUCUCACGCCCUCUGCCGUGUCUUCUCUUUUACAGGCUGUUUGACUUACCUGCUGAAGUGAUUCCCAGAAGGACUCGUUAAACAUAGAUUUACCCAUCUAAUGAAAUCCAAGGUGUAGCUAUAAAGUAACAAGCUGUUUUUAACUUAUCCUCACACAUGCCAGAACUUAGAUCUUGCAUCACUUUAUGUAAAUGAUGCUAUUACUGAAAAUAUUUGUGAGGUGGUUCUUUCAAUCGCUUGCCCACUAGGAAAUCUGUUUCAUUGCUUUGUGAUCGCAUUUUGUGAUAGUCUAUCCCCAGCUUGAUCAGCCACUUCCUUUGGUCUGCACCUAAUGAGGGGAAAUCCCAAACUACUGGUCCAAAUACUAUUUGAGCAGCCCUAGUAUUGUUGGAGUAUGUACAUGGACAACUUCAGUGAAUGAACACAGCAGCACAGUAAGUUCCCUUAUAGUUACACCUUGUAUGUCAAAAGCAUUCAGGCCCUGCUCUGUAGUGGUUUUUAUACUCAAACAGAACAGAAAAGCCUGUUUGCUUUCUUAACUUCUGCAUGAACGAUGACAUCUGAAAUAUCUGAUGUGUAUUAUAGUAAUACCAGCUUCUGCUCUAGAACUACUUUGGGGGAAAUGGUGGUAAUAGCAAAUGACUUCCUUUAACAAGACACUCAACUCAAACAGUGCCAUUUAGUUCAGGAGGUCUAAAUAGCUGUCAAUUUGGGGUUUAAUUUGGCUUAUAUUGGACCUUUUAAAUGAAAUAAAAUUUUUUAAUGCAAUAAAUCAA